AUGGUGCAGUCAAGCACGCGAGGAUGGAAGGCCAUGACGAUUGGCCUAGUCUCCAUCCUCGCCGGAUCAGCUCUCGCAGGACCAGACCUCACGACGAAACACGAAAAGGGAAGGUGCGCGAUACGUGGCCAAUGUGGAAAGCAGAGCUUCUUCGGAUCAGAGCUGCCCUGCCCUGAUAACGGCCUAGCGAAGACGCCAGACGAUGCCGUGCGCAAGAAGCUGGUCGACAUCUGCGGUGACCAGUGGUCUGACAGUGACGUCUGUUGCGACGAAGACCAACUCGACGCCCUCAAGACGAACCUCGACCGCGCCACGCCUAUCAUCAACGCCUGCCCUGCCUGCAAGGAGAACUUCUACAACCAGUUCUGUACCUUCACUUGCUCUCCUGACCAAUCCACCUUCAUUAACGUCACAAAAACCGAGCCAAAGGGAGACAAGUACUUGGUGACCGAGUUGGACAACCUGGUAUCCGACAAGUACGCGUCGACUUUCUACGACAGCUGCAAGGAUGUCAAGUUCGGUGCGACAAAUGGCAAGGCUAUGGACUUCAUUGGAGGAGGCGCAAAGAACUACACACUGUUUCUGAAGUUCCUUGGCGACAAGAAGUUCUUGGGCUCGCCCUUCCAGAUCAACUUCCCCCGACCAAACGAGGCUGACUUUCCUGGAAUGGACGCGAUGAACAAGCACGCCUACCCUUGCGAUACAGACGACGAAAAGUACCGUUGCGCCUGCCUCGAUUGCGGCGGGUCCUGCACUGAGCUGCCGGAAGUCCAAGAGGAGAAGCAGUGUCACGUUGGCCUACUGCCGUGCCUCUCCUUCGCCGUCAUCAUAAUCUAUUCGUUCUUCCUCGGCUUGCUAUGCACCGCCGUCGCAGGCCACGUUGCCUACAAGAACCAUUCGAAACAUAAGACUGAGCGCAUGCGCCUCUUGCAGGAUACAAGCCCUAGCGACGAUGAGGACGAGGGCGAUAUAGUACACAAUGUUGGCAUGCUGGAUCGCCCUACCAAACACUAUUUCAUCAACACAUGGUGCGACCGCAUGUUCAGCCGCCUCGGAUACAUCUGCGCUCGCUUCCCUGCCAUCACCAUUGUUACCAGUGUCAUAGUAGUUGGUUUGAUGAGCUUGGGAUGGUUGCGCUUCCAGAUUGAAACCGACCCUGUCAACCUAUGGGUUUCGCCCGACUCAGCCGCGGCGCAGGAAAAAGCCUUCUUUGAUGAGAAGUUUGGUCCUUUCUUCCGUGCUGAACAAGCCUUCCUUGUCAACGACACGCUUGAAGGUUCCGGUCCUGUUCUCAGUUACGAGACGCUUGACUGGUGGUUCGGUGUAGAGAAUCAGAUCCAGCGUCUCAAGUCCUACGAACAUGGUGUGACGCUUGACAAAGUCUGUUUCAAACCAGUAGGCGACGACUGUGUCGUUCAGUCUGUGACUGGAUACUUUCAAGGCGACUUCGCAAACGUGUCCCCUGACAGCUGGCAAGACGACCUACUGCAAUGUGUCGACAAUCCUUCUCAAUGUCUGCCCACUUUCCAGCAGCCGCUCGACCCUCAUCUUCUCUUUGGUGGUGUUAACGAAACCGUCUUGGACGCGAAAGCACUCGUCGUAACCUGGGUUGUGCAGAACUACCCCAAGGGUACGCCAGAAGAGCAGCGCGCCAUGGAUUUUGAGAACGAGAUGAAGAAUUACCUUAAGUUUGUAUCUGACGAAGCUCAUAAGAGAGGUCUGCGUCUGAGCUUCAACACCGAAGUCAGUCUUGAGCAGGAGCUGAGCAAGAGCACCAACACAGAUGCCAAGAUUGUGGUCAUCAGCUACAUCAUUAUGUUCUUGUACGCUUCCCUGGCUUUGGGCUCUACCACCCUCACCGUACGGUCCGUCCUUCGCAACCCGGCAAAUGCUCUCGUGCAGUCCAAGUUCAUGCUCGGUACUGUCGGCAUUUUGAUUGUACUCAUGUCCGUAUCUGCAUCCGUUGGCCUAUUCUCGGCAGCUGGCAUCAAGGUCACCUUGAUUAUUGCAGAGGUCAUUCCAUUCCUUGUCCUGGCUGUCGGUGUUGACAACAUCUUUCUCAUCGUGCACGAGUUUGAGCGCAUCAACAUCAGCCACCCUGAAGGCAGUAUUCCGGAGCGCGUGUCGCGUGCUCUCGGACGCAUGGGUCCUUCGAUUCUGCUUUCCGCGCUUACCGAAACCACUGCCUUCGCUCUUGGAUGCGCAGUAGGUAUGCCAGCUGUCCGAAACUUCGCAGCAUAUGCCGCCGGAGCUGUCUUCAUCAACGCCAUUCUUCAAGUAACUAUGUUCAUCGCUGUGCUUUCUUUGAACCAGCAACGCGUUGAGACCAACCGUGCUGACUGCUUCCCCUGUGUUCGUGUCGGCAAGGCCGAUCCUGGUUAUCUCAAUGGCGGUAUGGGAUACGGCGCUGGCGAAGAAGGUGCACUACAGCGCUUCAUUCGUAAGACGUAUGCUCCAGCAAUUCUAGGAAAGAAGACGAAGGUCGGUAUCAUUGCGCUGUUCUUCGGCAUCUUCACAGCUGGUCUCGCCCUUUUUCCCAGCGUAGAGCUCGGUCUUGAUCAACGCAUUGCUAUCCCAAGCGAUUCUUAUCUCAUUCCUUACUUCAACGAUCUUUACGAUUACCUCGACGUCGGUCCUCCUGUUUACUUCGUCACUAAGGAGCUGAACGUUACCGAGCGGAAGCCUCAAAAAGAAUUGUGUGGACGCUUCUCUACUUGCGACCGAGAGAGCUUGGCCAACAUCAUCGAAGCGGAGCGCAAGCGACCUGAGGUCUCACAUCUAGCAGCUUCAGCUGCCAACUGGCUGGAUGACUACUUCCUAUGGCUAAACCCUGAGAAUGAGAAGUGCUGCGUCGACGACAAGGGAAAGCCAUGCUUUCAGGACCGCCAACCACCUUGGAACAUGACUUUGUCUGGCAUGCCUGAAGGUGAGGAAUUCAUCCACUACCUCAAGCUCUGGAUUGAGGCGGAUACCACCGAAGACUGUCCUCUUGGUGGAAAGGCUGCUUAUUCCGAUGCUCUCGUCAUUGACUCCAAGCGCCUCACCAUCCCCGCAUCCCACUUCCGCACUUCACAUACGCCUCUUCGUUCUCAGAAGGAUUUCAUCUCCGCCUAUACUGCCGCACGUCGCAUCUCGAAGGAAAUAUCCAAGGACGUGGAUGCAGAGGUUUUCCCAUACUCCAAGUUCUAUAUCUUCUUCGAUCAGUACACAACCAUUGUUCGACUAGCCGGUGCGCUCAUCGGGUCUGCUCUUGCUGCAGUAUUGGUCAUUACCACUAUAAUGCUGGGCUCCAUUGCCACCGGUCUGGUUGUCACCCUCGUUGUUGGUAUGACUGUGUCUGCCAUUAUUGGCUCUUUGGCUGUCCUUGGUGUAUCACUCAACGCAGUGUCACUCGUCAACCUUAUCAUCUGCGUCGGUAUCAGUGUUGAGUUUACGGCACAUAUCGCCCGUGCGUUCACCUUCCCUAGCCGUGCUACUAUGGAGAAAGCGCCAAGGCACCGCUUCCGCGGUCGUGAUGCUCGUGCCUGGACUGCCAUGGUCAACGUGGCCAGUAGCGUCAUUAGUGGUAUCACAAUCACGAAGAUCUUGGGUGUGGGCGUAUUAGCUUUCACUAGGAGUAAGAUCUUCGAAAUCUACUACUUCCGCGUCUGGGUUGCCCUCGUAUUAUGGGCAAGCACACAUGCGCUUGUCCUACUUCCUGUACUACUUUCUCUCGUAGGCGGAGGAGGUUAUGUCGAUCCCGAAAGCGAAGGCGGCCUCCAAGAGGAUCUACGUCGCCGCCAGUACCCUGCGUUAUUGGCCGAAGAAGAUGAGUACGACAGCGACGAUUAG